AUGGAGCCUGUCUGGGGCCCAGUGAAGGACUGGGAUACCUAUACCUUCCUUGUGGCUAGAGGUGGGGGGGCGGCCAGAGACCUGGGUGAAGUGGGCAUGAGCUCAGACCUCCUCAAGCACCUGCGCACCCACACCGGGGAGCGGCCCUACGAGUGCGCCCAGUGCGGCAAGGCCUUCAGCCAGACGUCGCACCUGACGCAGCACCAGCGCAUCCACAGUGGCGAGACGCCCUACGCGUGCACGGCGUGCGGCAAGGCCUUCCGGCACAGCUCCUCGCUGGUGCGGCACCAGCGCAUCCACACGGCCGAGAAGUCCUUCCGCUGCGGCGAGUGCGGCAAGGCUUUCAGCCACGGCUCCAACCUCAGCCAGCACCGCAAGAUCCACGCGGGCGGGCGGCCCUACGCCUGUGGGCAGUGCGGCCGCCGCUUCUGCCGCAACUCGCACCUGAUCCAGCACGAGCGCACGCACACGGGGGAGAAGCCCUACGCCUGCGCGCUGUGCGGUGCUGCCUUCAGCCAGGGCUCCUCGCUCUUUAAGCACCAGCGUGUGCACACCGGAGAGAAGCCCUUCUCCUGCCCGCAGUGCGGCCGGGCCUUCAGCCACAGCUCCAACCUCACACAGCACCAGCUGCUGCACACCGGCGAGAGGCCCUUCCGCUGCGCAGACUGCGGCAAGGCCUUCGCUAAGGGCGCUGUGCUGCUGAGCCACCGGCGCAUCCACACUGGCGAGAAGCCUUUUGUGUGCGCACAGUGCGGCCGCGCCUUCCGGGAGCGCCCAGCCCUCUUCCACCACGAGAGGAUCCACACCGGGGAGAAGGCUGUGCGUCGGCCUGGGCCCAGCCUGCAUCCCCGGGUCCAGCCUCCGUCAGGGUCAUCAUCAGAAAGUGCCCUGAGGAGGGAAGCAGAGCCCACUCCUUCCUCCCCCUCUGGCCCAGGUGCAGUCUCGAAGCCAGCUGAGGCCUGAAGUCACAGCCUUGCCCUUCCCCGGCCUUCUGUGAGUCCCUUCCACAGCUAAAGGGCCUAUGUCGUCUGCAAAUUGACAGCGUGGGGGAAGCUCUGUGCAUUUGAGUCAAGGAGGAGGGAGAUCCUUUGGUUGUGGUUCCACUUGCACGUUUUGAUAGGAUUUGCCACCUUAGCCCCAGCUCACACCUCCAUCCCCAAAGAAGUCACACGGCAGAAAGAUGAGGGGUAGGACACAGCGACUGGGACUCUGGUGGGCCAAGACUAUAGUCAGAGUCAGUGGGAAGCCGACAAUAGCGGCCCUGCACAUUGGUGACACUUCACGUGUGUUAUGAUAGUGGCUGCUAAGGUGAGGAGGGGACAUGCAGGCAUCCGGGGCAGGGAGGGCCAGGGAAACUUCUGAUGUCUGCACACAGACUGGCCACAGGACAGAUGCUUGGGAUAUUCCCCCCAGGCCUCAGUUCAUCCAAGGCUUUCUACGUCCCAGCCUAGGAGACAAUAGGUCAUAGGCCAGUGGGGUCAGGUUGGUGGCCUUGGACAAGUGGCUGGGCUCUCCGUUUCUGCUUCUUCCUCUGGGAGAAAGAAAAAAGUUUUAGUGUCUGAACGUCAUGUUGGCAGACACUCUGAUAGUCAACAUGUGUUUGCUGCAAGCUCCUGCUCUGA